AUGGCACAAAUGUCCAACUGUACAAAUACAACAGACAUUAUUUGUGAUGGAAGACUUCCAAACGUAAAUGGAACCCGUAUUAAAUAUGAGUGUUCAGUUAAACCCUUUUCAACUGUGCUGCUACCGUCAUGUGAGAACGGCAAUGUAAAUCACGCUAUAUAUUGGUUUUGGUACGAUGAUGUCUGUAGUGUUAGCAGUUACCGUAAUAGAUUUUUUGCUUACGUCUAUCCUAACAAUACUUUUCAAUGCUCGAAUAAACCCAAUUUUACUAUCAACCAAGAUUCUUGUAGAAAUAACUAUUAUUUUAAUCGAACACUGAUGGGAAUCAACAUUACGGCUAUUGAUUCUUCGCUAACAUAUCUAUGCUUUACCGGUAUAAACAUGAUAAACAUGGAUUUUGUUUCUGUUAUUAUGUAUUCAAUAAACGUGUCAGACAUUACAACUUCGACAACACCUGAUUUCAGCACAACAACCUUAUCUAGUUCAAGCAACAGUGUCGGAAACAAUACAAUAACUACUGAUGGUAUUAUUGGUAUUUCAGGAUCUGUACCACCAUGGGCAAUCGCUGUGCCAAGUGUUCUCGGUUUUCUGGUUAUUAUUCUACUAUUAAUUCUUGGAUAUAUCUACUAUCGACGACGACAACGAAACAAGAAACCAGGUAGUUAUACGUUAGAAAUUAUGUCGUCAAGAUCGGAUCGAUCAUCAAAUGAAGAAUUUGAUUCUACGCAUGGUGGUUAUUCAAGCAGUCACUUUUGGUUUGGCUACUACUCAACGAUGAAUAGAUGGAUUUGCUUUUCGGUACUUAUUAUCGCUCAUGGUUCACAGACGAUUCCAGGACAAAAACGUAUUGUCAAUAUCAUAGGGACCGAAAAUAAUACUGAAAUUCCUGUGUGGAUACACGAUCAAAUAGAAAUAGUAGGAAAAGAAACUGUUAUUGACAAAUGGUCUUUCAAUAAUAUUGUUAUUGCUGAAUUGAGUAAUUUGGCGAUAGCCUAUGAAUAUCCAAAUCCAUCGUUACUAGGUAAUAUGAAUGCAACUUUUGAUAUAAGCGAUUCGAUCCUCAAUUUGGGUGAUGUUAAUCGUAAUUAUAGUGGAAGCUACAAAGCUUAUGAAGAAGGAGGCAAUCAUUCAUUGGCCAUGAUAGUUUAUGAAGUCAACGUGUCUUCGGUUGAAUUCAAUCUAAUCCAUCAAUCAGGCUUAUGCAGAGGUUAUAUUUAUGUCAAAGACUCUUUAUUUCCACUUAUUUCGACACUCCGUCGAAUGGUGUAUUCCUCAGAGUUAACUCUUGAAUCGCAUAGUCAAUUGAAUAAUAACUCUGUUCAAAUCAACAACAGCAGUAUAACCAUGACAAACAAUUCAAUUAAUACUGAUAUAAUGAUACAGUAUUACUUUAAUUACAAUAAUUAUAGUACAAUAAGAAACUAUAGUGCACCAUUGAACUUCUCGUUAGUAGGAAAACCGACUGUACGAAAGUUAGGCACUGUUGACAAUUGUACUAUUGUAGUAGAACACAAUAGUAAUGUAGAAUGUGUACGCAAUAUUGUCUUAUGUUUGAAUGCAACUACUGAUAAAGAACCAUGCCAAAUGUAUAAUGAUACAAACAAUACAAUGCAUAUACUAGGCGAUUUAUCGAACUUCACUUUUGUUCAUCUAUCAGUUGUAUAUGAUAUCAUCUAUACAAAAUAUCGAUUUGAUAUUCCGUUUGAACGAUGUUCAAUCGAUGUAACAACUGCUGUUGAAUCCAGUACCAUGGCAUCAUCAGCUGAAGAAUUAACCGCUACUCACUUAUAUACCACUGAAAGUAUGAAUUCCGAGGCCACGUUCAAUUACAGUGAUAGUAUAUAUUCAUCUCUAUCAUCAAGUCUAUUUUCUACAUUUUUUAAUACAACCACUGCCAAAUUGAUUGACUCUUCGGAAGUACCAAUUAUUAAUUCUUCUCCAGCAAUGACUACAACGACACCGACCAAGCAAUCAGAAACUCUUGCUGGAUGGAAAAUUGCACUAAUUGUUAUUGGAUCGAUCCUUGGUGUUCUACUAUUAGCGGUAGUGAUUGGUUUGAUCAUACGAAGACGUAAUGCUAGAAAACGAUCUAAAUCUGAAAUUAGUCUGGGCCUACGAUCGUCUUCCAAUGAGCAAACCAUUCGACCCGCAAUACCACCAAUAAGAUCCAUAUUCACCAAUAUUUCGAGUCGGGAAGAAAUUCGAAGAAAUCAACGACAAGUUCCACUCCCAAACUAUGAACGGUCUCAUGAUACAUCAGUAUCUCAAUCAACUUCGAUGUACCCUAAUAGAAUGAAUCAACAAAGAAAGCUACCACCUGAUCUAUAUGAAUAA